AUGGCUGAUGGGCGCCGAUAUUCUGGGGCCGUCGACGUCACGGCUGCUGACCCUGACGCCUCUGCAACCGACUUCCUCCCGCUGGAUGACAGCGACAGCAGCAAUGCCCAGCAGUCGCCACUGAAUGGUUCUGAUGGCAAUGACUCCGCGUCCGAUGUCUCCAUGGAGGCUCAGUCCGAAGAUGAAGACGACGCGACUCUCCCGACACAACACACCCAGGCGGCCCUCGUUGAUGCCGCUGUCUCCACAGCCUCGCAAUUCGCUUCCAACAGCCAGCCGGAUGGGAGUGCGUCCAGAAAGCGCAAGUCUCCCGAGGAUCCCUCACUGCCUGGAAUCAGGUCGAAUACUCUGGAUCCAGCAAAAAAGUUGAAAUUGGAGCAGUCCAAGGAAGAUUCACAAGAUACGCUGCGAUCGGCCACAAUCACUUUCCUCUGGCGCACUCUCCCCUUUGCAGCCCACGGCAAUAUGGCAGUCUUCGAGACGCCGUUUCUGGCCAAGCAUGCCGAGUCCUCUGCAGGACAAAACCGAGCUGGACAUGUGGCAGUUGUCUGUCUCUACUACAUGUCAACAUUGCCCACUCUGGCUGCUGCUCUACCAUUCGUCUUUGUCACGCAGGAGCUUCACGUUAUCUCCCCCGCCACAAUGGAACGGAGCCAGGCACCGCCCAAUACCUCGCUGACGAAGCUAUUCUGGUCCGAGCACGUCGAGGCCUUGAAGCAAGAGUUCUUCAGCGUGAAGACCAUGGGCACCGCUACAGUAGAGGAAUGGCUGAAAGGCCUAGAAGGUCGUGGUCACGAACGUCGUAGUGAUGCCUUGAGAUGGGAAAACUGGGCCGCUGCGAAUGGGUUGAGCCAGAUGAAGAACGUGUUAUACCCGGGUUACCGACCAUCAGCACCCGUCAGCUCUAGCACUGCAGCGGGCCUCAGAACGAUGGCAGGGUCCGGAUCUAUUGUUCAGAUUCCCGGUUUGAAUCCCGCAGGCAACCAUAGCGGAACAGCAACUCCUUCCAUAAGCUCGAGUCAGCGAAAUGGUGCCACCCCGGAUCCUUUCCGUCGGUCGUCAACUGGAACCGCGUCGUUGCCCUCAGGCCGCCAUGAGAGAACGAAGGAAGAGGUUGCGGAGCUGAAAGCCGCUCGCAAGGCGGAGAUAGAACGACGAGCGCUCGCCCUUGAUCCCCCUUUGCCACCGAGCAUUUUAGCGCAUAUCCCCUCUUUCCAAGCUGCCCUCCAGAUCAUCACCCCUUUGGAUGAACAAGCUUGGGAGCUGCUGAAGUCACGUCUAUUAGCCCAGAGAGCCGAUGCUGAGCAACGGGAGAAAGAAAACUCUGCUCAGGUGCUGCGGCAACAAGAGUUGGACGACAAGCGAAAUCUCACCGCUGCUGCUAAUAAGGAAGCUCGGGACGCGGUUGACGCUGACUGGGAUGAGGUUCAGGCGCCUGUGCGAGCGCGAAUCGCUGGUUUCGCUGACGAGAUCAUCCGAGACGGUUGGGAAAACGGCGACAAGGUCGACAGGAACAGCUGCUCGAAGUUCGCGGUAGAAGUGUUGACCUACAUCCGCAAGCGCUUCUAUGCCGAAGUCGCUAAAGACGCCGCGGCAGCUCGAGCGUCCGGGGCUACACCCAUCGUCGAUCCACCUCAAGGGCCGUUCACUCAGAAACUGACACUGGAGAAUAUGAAGUGGGUUUUCGACAUCAAAAUUAAGCCACAUACUGAACGACAUCGAAAGGAAAUUUUCCUUUGCAACGGUUGUGAGGUUACUGUUAGGUACUAUGGUUUCGAAGGUGUCAUCCAGCACUACGCGGCUAAACAUACUACCUCAUUGAGCAUUGGCAAUGUGGUCGUGCACUGGAGGGCCGAGUGGCCAGAGCAACCACCGUUCACUUCAGAGCCAAGAACCGCAAAGAACGGUUUCUAUCAAGGCCAGCCGCCUCCGGCCCACAACGCGUUCCAGCAAGGUCUAUCAUCCACUCCUUCUCAGCCGUACCAAGCUCAUCCAAAAGGUCCAGCACAACCGUAUGGAGCAGCUCCGUCCUACGGCGACGCUUAUCCACAGAGCUCGCACCCUCCUUAUCCGUCUCAAGGCUAUGGGACACAUCCAUACCCUCCUCCGGAUAUCUACCAACACCCACCUUAUCCUUCUGCUCAAGGGAAUCCGCCAGGAUACUCGGGCCCUCCUACUGCGCCUCCUGGUCCGCCAGGUCUACCGGGCCCGCCAGCGCCACCAGCACCGUAUAAUUACAACUAUGGAGCAUAUCAGGCAAAUGCACAGAUCGGGUACCAAGCAGUGCAUCCCUCGACACUUUCUCCUCAAUACCAGACUCAGCUUGAGGAUAUGGCACGGAUCGCCCGAGAACUUUGGAAUGCAACAUCCAACAUGAAGGACACCCUGUCAAUCGUGAGAGUCCAAGUCGUAAUCCAUCAUCUUGCGAAGCGUUUUCAUACAAGAUUUGGUCUUCCCUUACCACUCGCUACUUUCAUCGAUGGCUUGUCUGAUCAUAAGGAUAUGCGACCAGUUCGCAACGUCAAUGGCCUGGUCUGCCGAGUCUGUCAUCAAGGGAUUGGUGGCUAUGUUGCAUCUGAGGCGGAAAGAAGGUCGUAUUCACUGCCGCAGCUGACAGCACACUUUCAAAGCAAGCACGUGGAGCCAUUUGUGCAAAUGGGCCAAUAUGGACAACCGCCAGAAUGGACAGUCGACAUGGUGUUAUUGCCAGAGCCUACGGCAGUCGCCAACCUGCGCUCGGCAGUUAGCAUGGAUGGACAAAAAUACCACCUGGUAAACGAGGUAGUUCCACAUCUCCUGGGCCCUGUUAGCAUGCCGGAAGCUGCGCCGAACAUGGCCCCAGUCUACCCAGGUCAGAAUGAUUACCAUCAGGGCUACCAGAAUGCGGCUGUUGGUGACCAUGCCACGUACUAUGGACAAGCUCAGGCAGGCGGCUCUGCAGAGAUCGGCGGUGCAAACUUGUAUCAGAACCUAUCUACCACACAAUACCCUCACCAACCAUCGGCCCCUUAUGAUCAUUCUGGGUCAUCUCACAACGGAGUCAACCCGAUCGGCACUGUCAAUGGUCACGCCCUGACAGAACCUGCUGCACCUGCUGCGCCUGCUGCAGCGCCCGCGCCCGCGCCCGCGCCCGCACUUGCUCCUGGAAACACAGCACUGGGCCGUGAAAAUGAGCGGCGAUCAUCUCAAGGCUUCCGCCAACGCGAGCAGAAUUCUCGCCCAAAUAAGAAGAAAAAUAGGAAGGGCGCUCAUGGCAAUGACACAGAUUCGCUGAAGCGGAGUGAGGAGGAGGAAAAGAUGGCUGAAGAAGAAGCAGAGCGUGAAGGGGAUGCUAUUCGAGCGAUGUGGGCAGCUGAUAGGGCCCAAGCUGCCCGCAAAAGCGCCAUUCCAGAAAGUGACAGGCUCGAAAAGCCGACAGCAGACAAUACACCAUCCCGCCGAAACACGCCUAGCGGUACCGCAUCUCACAAGGCAUCCCAGCGUAACGCCUACGGUGGGAAUGCUCAACGGCCAAAACAUGGCUCGAAGCCAGGCACACCUCAGCAGCGCCAGCGUUUCCAGUCUAGGCCUCGAGACUCCCCGAGCACAGAUGCGGCGUCUCCUCGAGCUGACGUGGGUGGUCCGAAUCCGAGGGAGGCGGCUUACCGUGGUCAUCAGCACCGGCUUUCUAACGUGAUUUUUAUGGAUGGAAAUCGGGACGAGCCUGAGGACUAUGGACAAUACAAUCGACCUCCUUCGCGGGACAUUGAACCUCGCAGGUCUCGUUCCCCAGUCUACGCGAACUACAGCCGACCUCCAGCCCAGCAAUAUCGCCAGAGGAGCCCGGCCCGUCCAGAACACGAUUACCAGUACCUACCACCAGCACCCCCCGUGGACGAUUCCCGCUACGAGAGACCGCCACCUCGCGAAGAUUACAGUUACCGUGGCUAUCCUGAUGAGCCGAUUCCACGCCAACGUGCCCAAGAGGUCAUCGAGAUUGAGAUUAUCGAGUACCGCGGGCCGGAUGGGAAGACUUGGAUCGAGGAGCGCCCUCUGCGUCGUAUCCCUAAUCCCGAACCUGAAAGAUAUUACCGGGAUGCACUACCCCCUGCGGCACCCUAUGACCGUGGGGAUCCUUAUCCUGCCGGGCCGCCUCGUCGUGAACAACCAACUCGGCCCACGCAAAUGCUCGAUGAGCCAUACCGUCCGCCCUUCGAGAGAGCAUACUCACGCGCACCUCAGGGACCUCCGCCCCCGCCGCCCGCGGCUGGAAGCUAUGACCCGCGUCACCCCUCCGACGCAGCCCCGAGGCACUUCCAGCCCCAGCCCCAGCUUCCGCCUCAGGCCCCGCCACCACGGGACGACGCGGCUUACUACGAGGAGGAGUACGACCCACGGUACCCGGCCGGGGUGCCGCCGCCAAGCGCUCCCAUUCCGACAGGUUCGAGGGCGCCGAGGUAUCAGUAG